AUGAAUAGAGGAGCAAACUCAGAUUCCAUCCCUACUGAUCUCAUUUACGAGAUACUCUCGAGAUUGUCUGUAAAGCCAAUCACUAGGUUUCGAUGCGUGUCGAAGCUAUGGGAGUCCAUUAUUUGCCGUCAAGAUUUCACCGAGUUAUUCCACAACAGGUCCUCGUCUAAUCCACGUCUCUUAAUUGGGGUUAUACAAGGUGGUGAGUGGAACUUCUUCUCGUCGCCUCAGCCUCAGAAUCAUUAUGGGAAGUCGUCUCUUGUAGUAGCCGCCGAUUCUCAUAUGAAGUUUUCUGAAGACAAACGCCCACGUUAUUAUAGCUAUGCUUCUGGUUUGCUAUAUUUCCCUAAUAUACGUAUCUCAAACCAUAAUGACGAUGUAGUGCGUGUGAUAUGUAACCCUAGCACAAGACAGUAUGCGAUCUUACCACCUGACCUGAGAACAAGGUACCGAGACUCAGGGCGGCUUUUUAGGAAUAAACUAGGUGUGAUUAAUUUGGAGGAUGAUUAUGAUGGUGGAUAUCUCCUUAAGUUACGUAUGUUUGUUCUAGAGGAUUUCGAGAAACAGAAAUGGACUACAUAUGUCCACACUUUGAGGGAUGAGAAUAAAAUCAAGGACAAUGACAAUGUUUAUGUUGUUGGGGCAACUGCUUCAGGUCAAAUUGUUUUGGCGAGGAAUAAGGCAUAUAAACCGUUUUAUGUGUUUUACUUUAAUCCCGAAAAGAGCACUCUACAAAGUGUUGAAAUCCAAGGUGUUAGAGAAGAAGAAGAUUGGUUUCAUAGAGUUUACUACUUUGUAGACCAUGUCGAGGAUCUUAGGUUUGAUGUUAUGAAGACAACAUAUGCUGCAACAUCGAUAAGACCAGCAGAACAGAACACAUCAACAUCAUCUAGAGAAGAUCAUCUAGUGAGGACCGUUAAACGUAAGAGAGCGUAA